AUGGGCAAGAAUGAUAAUGCAAAUAUUUUUAUCAAGUCUAUUAGUUAAAACCAUAAAAGAUUGAUUUUAACAGGAAACCAAUAGGCUGGAUAAUCUGAGAUUAUUAGAUAAAUUAAUUUGCAUAAAUAUUCUGAGGAAUAUGUUUAAAAUGAAUUUAAUUUUCAUAAAAUAGAUUUUUAGCACUUAAAUAUAAUCAGAAUUACUUUAGAGGAUUAAUGGAGUGUUGAUUAAUAUCCUGAAGGCUUUUUUAAUAAGAAGGAUGGUAUAAUAUAUGUUCUUGAUUCUGAUGACCUAUAUUCAAUUAAUCAAGCAAUUUACACAAUUAAUUAAAUUUUAUAAGUUAAUUUUGAUGCAUAAAUUCCAGUGUUAAUAUUAUUAACAGCAAAAGACUUACAACUAAUAAAUAUUUAUCAAAUUAAAUUACAUUUAAAUGAAUUUAUCCUCAAUAGAGCUAGUGAAAUUCACAUUUAAAAAUACUCUUAAAAAACAGGGGAUGGUAUUUCUGAAGCAUUUGAGUGGCUAAAUUAUGCCUGCAACAAAUAUUGUUCUUGA